UACCCCUUCUCCCUCCCUCCCCAAAGGUCCGCAGUCCCUCUGGUAAUCUCCUUUACUGUCUGCAGUCUCUGGUCAUCCCCUGCACUGUCUGCAGUCUCUGGUCCAUCUGUACUAUGUCCACAGUCUCUGGUCAUUCCCUGUACUAUGUCCGCAGUCUCUGGUCAUCUCCUGUACUGUGUCCGCAGUCUCUGGUCAUCUCCUGUACUAUGUCCACAGUCUCUGGUCAUUCCCUGUAUUAUGUCCGCAGUCUCUGGUCAUUCCCUGUACUAUGUCCGCAGUCCUGGUCAUUCCCUGUACUGUGACUGCAGUCUCUGGUCAUCUCCUGUAGUAUGUCUACAGUCUCUUGGUCAUCUCCUGUCCUAUGUCCACAGUCUCUGGUCAUCUCCUGUAGUAUGUCUGCAGUCUCUGGUCAUUCCCUGUAGUAUGUCCGCGCAGUCUCUGGUCAUCUCCUGUAGUAUGUCUGCAUCAUGGUCCCUGUAGUAUGUCCGCAGUCUCUGGUCAUUCCCUGUACUGUGUCCACAGUCUCUGGUCAUCCCCUGUACUAUGUCCGCAGUCUCUGGUCAUCCCCUG